UAAAACCUGCAUAGUUCCCCAUGUUCGUGGCUGACUAACCCGAAUUAUUUAGCCGCACAUCCUCGCAUCUUGGCCUUGGCCUACUACGACUAAGUACUAGCAACUGAAUCCGACCCACAUCCUCUGACCGUCUGCUACUCACGAGGCCUCUAAUUGAAUAAACAAGGGGAACUGCGGCAUGAGGGCGGAGGACUUGCCAAAGGAUUUAACAUCCUUUAUCACUCGAACAACUCAAGACCACGUCAACGGAGGUGGAUUUGGCGAUGUCUGGAAAUGCAAUUACAACGCAAAUGGUACUUCAGCCGUCGUCGCGGUCAAGGCCUUCAGAUAUCCAGAGCAAUAUUAUGAUUCAGAAAAAAUAAACAAGAAAAUUAACAGGGAAAUUGGCAUUUUGAUGAUACUAAGCCAUGACAAUAUUGUACCGUUGUUGGGUACAGCGACAGGAUUUGGACGGAGGCCGGAGUUGCUCGGCUUAGUAACUCCGUGGAUUCCCAACGGCACGUUGAAUGUCUACCUGGCAUCUCAACACAACGAACUAACGAUGCUGGACCGUUCACGCAUGUUGAAGGACGUCAGUGCUGGACUGCGUUACUUGCACUCGGUACCUGUCGUGCACGGGGAUAUAACAGGGGCGAAUAUAUUGAUCGACGAGGGAGGCCAGGCGAAGCUAAUCGAUUUUGGUCUCUCCACCGUUGUCCUGCCCCUUCUCGGCCAGCUACACUUGGCUGCAACAUCGAUACAUGCAGGUGCUAUCCCCUACGCAGCACCAGAACUUCUAACAAGUGAUAUUGGUGACCUACCUUUGGAAAAAACGAAAACGGACAUCUACUCUUUUGGUUGCGUAAUGCUUCAAAUUCUCUCGGGUCGGCGCCCUUGGUCUGAGAUCACUCAAAACCUGGAAUUGCGUGUUUAUGGUCUGAUAUGCCAAGGUCAUAGUCCGCAGCGCCCCACUGGCCACCCUGCAAUAAUGGACUCAGAUUGGGACAUCAUUCAAAAAUGUCUGCAAUUCAAAUUUCAACUUCGGCCUUCAGCAGAUGAAGUAUUUGACCUCGUCAUGCGUAGGGUUUUGUCAUCAGAUUCUUCCAGCCCACCUAACGGUCCUCCCGAUGAUGCAUCAUUCAACACUGAUUCUUGGCCAUCACUCCCGAGUCUCAGCACUGGUCCCGUAACAGCGUUCAGCACUGAUUCUUGUAAGUUGCAUCCAUGUCGAGUAAGUGUCGAGGCGAAUAUAUUUCAUCAUCAUGAGUAGUUCGAUCGACUGGCUUCCUGAGACAUGAACAGAGACAAUCAGCACCAUCACCACCGCUACCUCCAAGCGCAUCGUUGAGCAACCACGAAAUGCGCCUACGGCAAAGAAAUAUUGUUAUAUUCGGUGAAACCGGCUCAGGGAA